UUUUUUGUUGAGCAGUUCGGUCGGAAAAUUUCAUUGAUUUGAACUAGUAUAGUUUAAGCUCAUUUUUGGAUCAAAUUAUCAUCCAAAAUUGUGGUGUUUUAUUACAAUUUAAUCGUGUGUUGCUUGGAUUUUGAAUUAAAAGUGUUGGAAAUUAUCACUCAAACAAUUAGUUCUUUUGUUGAAUAAGGAAGCAAACCAUUCGUAACGGGUUUGAAAAAAAAAACGUAACCAGUGCACUUUCCAAGCGAAUAAUUCAAUUAAAGUGAAGAAAAUCGAUUCUUGGAUUGAGCAAAUACAAUAUCUUACGUGGCGUUACUACAUACUACCUAUGCCUAUCCGGUAAACCGUUUAAAAGUUCACCUCAAGAUAUUAUUAAGUGGCAACCCUGAGGAAGAUACAACGCCUAGACGUGGGUGAGAAAAUCGAUACCGGUAAUAGGAUUCAAACCAAUGAAGUUACUAAAAGCCAAUCAAAUGCGAUCGAUGCAUGUUAGCGCGGAUCCUCGAGUGGUAUAAUCUAGUCUUACUGCAUUCCCGAGUGUGGCAGGAAGCAAAAGUGCCAAGGUUGGGCCGGUGGUUAUCGAAACGAGUUAUCAGUUAGUGCACAGAGUUAUCAGCUUGAGAGGGUGCAAACAGUUUAGUUAGAGUUAAAUAUUGUUUGGAACUGCUGGAAUACUACUUGAUAAACUGGCCUAUGGAACUUUCGAAACAAUAAAAAAGUAACCAGCACUAUGACGCACUUGAAAAUCGAUACUCUACCCGAUCCAGGCACCCGCUAUCGGCUGGGUGAGAUCAUUGGGAACGGAGUCUACGGUAAGGUUUACAAAGCCGUAGACACCAACGCAAGCAACAAAAAUGUAGCGGUUAAGAUUCAGAAGUACGAUGGCGACACGAGAAUCGCUAUCCAGGAGGAGUACAGGGUGCUGCGGGAUUAUUCUAAUCCCGCUAAUCUGUUGGAUUUCUAUGGAGUCUAUCGGAAGAAGACUUCCGGAGACGUGGAUGAGAUUUGGUUUAUCCUGGAGUAUUGCGAUAACGGACCGGUCAUUGACAUAAUUCGGAAGAUACACAACAGCAAUCGGCGUGUAAUCGAGGAUCACAUUGCGUAUAUAUUAAGAGAAGCGGCAAAAGCUUUGGUUUAUUUGCAUGAAAAUCAUGUUAUUCAUCGCGACGUUCGAGGUAGCAACAUCUUGCUCACCAAAGAGGGAGAGGUAAAGCUUUGCGAUUUUGGAAUUUCACGAGAAAUCAAGUCCACGCUGGGCAAACGAGGAACCUGCAUUGGUUCACCCUGCUGGAUGGCACCGGAAGUUAUCACGAGCUCUAAAAGUGAUUCCGAAUCCUACGACAGCAGAGCUGAUGUGUGGGCUCUUGGAAUUACCGCAAUCGAGCUAGGUGAUGGUAAACCCCCGUUUGCCGAUAUGCAUCCGACGAGAACAAUGUUUCAAAUUGUGCGUAAUCCACCUCCCACGCUGUAUCGGCCUGCCAACUGGACCCAGAACUACAACGAUUUUAUUGCCGAGUGUUUGGAGAAGAACGCCGACCAUCGUCCUUUCAUGAUGGAAAUCAUCGAGCAUCCGUUUUUCACACAGCUGCCGGAGAAUGAUUAUCACUUAACCCAAGAGUUGAAGAUGCUGGCUGCUUCGGUCAUGAACUCUACAGUACCGCCGAAAGAAGAGGUUAAAGUCAUAAAGGGCGCACUGCAGAAACCGGAUAACAGAACAGAAAAAAUGUACGUCGAAGAUUUGGCAGCAUUGGAAAAUAUUACCGAGGAAACAGUGUUGGAAGAGUUGAUCCAUCGCUACAAACGCGGCUCCAGCUACACGUUUGUUGGUGACGUACUAGUUUCAAUGAACACGAAUGAACAAGUGCCGGAAUAUCCUAAAACGUUCCACACCAAGUAUAUGUUCAAAUCGCGCUCGGACAACGCUCCGCACAUCUUUGCCAUCGUGGACAGCGCCUAUCAGGAUAUGCUGCACCACGAGGAGCCGCAGCAUAUCAUCAUGGCGGGAGAAAGUUUUUCGGGAAAGACAACCAACGUGAAGCUCAGCAUGAAGCACCUCUCCAUUCUCGGUGAAGGCAAUCCGGGGGUGUACAAUCGGAUUGAAUCCAGUUACAAAAUAAUAACGGCGUUGGUUAACGCGGGUAGUCCGCUCAACCCGGACUCCACGCGAAGCAUCAUGCAGGUCCAGAUGACGUUUGGUCCAUCCGGCAAGCUUUCCGGUGCUAUUUUCUGGGUGUAUUUGUUGGAAAAGUUUCGCAUAUCCUCCACUAACAUGAACCAAUCGAACUUUCACAUAUUCUACUACUUCUACGAUACGAUGGAGGCGGAAGAACGUCUGCGAGACUUUUCGCUUGAGAGAGGGCGAAAGUAUCGCUAUCUGCGCAUACCGGAGUCCUACAGUGGAACCAAACUGAAAUACAACCGUGACAACGUGCAGGGAAACAUUCAGGCGUUUAGAGAAUUCGAGCAGCUGCUGCUUCUGUUGGAAUUUUCGCCCGAGUUGCUCGAAACAGUGUACCGGACGCUAGCGGCAAUAUUGUUGCUUGGAGAGGUUCGGUUUAGGGAUGCUGAUAAUGGCACCGAAUUGGAAGAUUUCGUUACUCCCAGUAAGGUGGCUUCGUUGCUGAAGCUGGACGAGAAGAAAUUUCAAUGGGCAUUGCUGAAUUACUGCGUUAUCAUGAAAGGAUCAGCGCAGAAGCGGCGCCAAACGCCGGAUGAGGCUCGGGAUGCCAGAGAUGUGCUGGCGGCAACCAUCUACAACCGGCUGGUGGACUGGCUGAUAAACACCAUCAAUCAGAAGCUUUCGUUUGGCAGAGCUAUUUACGGUGAUCAGCACUCAACAACCAUCACCGACCACUUCGGAUUUGAAUGUUUCCAUCGUAACCACAUCGACCAGUUGAUCGUCAACUCAUUGAAUGAACAGAUGCAGUAUGUGUACAAUCAACGCAUCUUUGUGUACGAAAUGAUUGAACAGGAAGAGGAACAAGUCCCGGAAGUUCAGCUGCACUUCUACGAUAACAAGCUAGCCGUGGACCACCUUAUGAGCAAACCGAAGGGCGUCUUCAGCUUCCUAGAUGACGCCAGUCGAGGCCGGCACAGCCAGAGUUACAUAAUCGACUCCAUCCACGGUAACAACAGUCCGUUCAUCAAGCGUGCCAGUGCGCAUGAAUUCACCGUAGCUCACUACACCGGCCGGAUUGCCUACGAUGCGCGGGAUAUGCCGGACAGGAAUCGGGAUUUUAUUCCACCGGAAAUGAUUGAAACGCUGCGAAACUCCGGCGAAUCGAUGAUAAAAAUAAUGUUCUCCAAUCAGUUGACAAAAACAGGAAACUUAACAAUGGCCAGUGAGGAGAGCUCGGGAACGCAGUCGGCUCAACCGAGUAAUAAGAAACGUUGGGGUGCCGCUCUGGUUGCGGAAAAAAGUAAGGCUAAAAAAAUGAUGAACACAUUGUCACGCGGAAUGUACUCUCAGGUACACAAGAUGCGAACUAUUGCAAAUGUGUUCCGAGCAACCAGCUUGGAAUUGAUUCGUACCUUAGCUAUUGGGCCAAACAGUGGUGGAACUCAUUUUGUUCGCUGCAUCCGUUCGGAUUUAGAAUACCAACCGAACGGAUUAUCUAAAGAGAUGGUACGUCAGCAGGUCCGUGCGAUGGCUAUCCUGGAUACGGCAAAGGCACGCCAGAAAGGAUAUUCGCACAGGAUUCCAUUCCAAGAGUUCCUUAGAAGAUAUCAAUUCUUGGCGUUCGAGUUUGACGAGAAUGUCGAACUGACUAGGGAUAACUGUCGGUUGCUGUUGAUCCGCCUGAAGUUGGAGGGUUGGGUUAUCGGAAAAACUAAAGUUUUUCUCAAAUACUACAAUGUGGAAUACUUGUCACGAUUGUACGAAACACAGGUCAAGAAGAUUGUCAAAGUGCAGGCAAUGAUGCGAGCUUUUCUUGCCAAACGGAAUAUUGCAUCGAAAUUGAAGAAUCUCCACCGUCAGUCUGUUCGCAAGCAACAGCAAGAGCCGGCUCCGAAUCAGGAGCAGGCCGCGACUAAAAUUCAAACAGCGUUUCGGGGACACUUGGCUCGUAGAAAAUACAGUCCCUUGAUAAACGAAAAAACCGGAAAAUUGGAUCCGGAAACAGCUAGUUUCCUGAGACCAUUUGCCUAUCGUUGGAGAAAAAAAUCGAUUUAUCAGAUAUUAUUGAGAUAUCGGGCUGCUCGCUACCAAGAUCUCGUGAAUUUUUCGCAACAGGUUCACAUUUUUAAUCAACGUUUCGCCGCUGGCGCAACGACUUGUAGUAACUGUAUUUUGUUGGAGAAAAUUGAUCCCAACCAGCGGAAUCGAGCUUUGCUGGGUCCCAUCAAGCCGUCAGUUUGGAAGUUACCAUUCCGGCUGGACGAUAUUCCGUUCUUCAAUACGACUUACAUGUGCGAUCCGUCGGUUGCGACGUUCAAUUAUACCGGGAACGAUUCGGAAACGGAAGACUGGGAUGCACCGCUACGUAGGAGGAAAACUGUUUCCACAGAUAUCGCUCGGUCGGCACACCGUGGUUUUCAGAACAAUUCCGCAAAUCAUAGCCUAGCCAAUGAACCAUUCCAUCGUGACCCUACUCUGCCUAUCAGAAGGAUAUCACCUCACCAGAAUAACGAUUUCGCGGUUCGAAGGGGUCAAGUUUCUUCGCCUAGUAGUAAUUAUUCCCUCUACUCCCCUGUCUCGUACGGUAGGCAGAACGUAGACGACACUAGAAAUAGGUUCAACUCUCCCAGUCCGGGUGAUAUGACCACCAAAACCGCUGUUUAUAAGAAGCGGCCAGCACCGAAGGCCCCCGGUGGAAUGGCUAAAGAGUCGUCCCCACCCUUUGACAAUAAACAGUAUAAGAAGCGUCCCGCACCGCAGCCUGCCAAAUCGUGGGAACCAAGGUCCGGACAUGAGUACGGAUUCGAAGGCAAAAUGACGCCUUCCAAAAUCAAUCCGAUAAAAGAGAUGCAGAUGAUGGGGAGAAAAAAUUAUGACGAGAAUGAUAAUUCAGAUGACGAACCGCCAUUCAACUUCCAGGGAAUGUUAAGAAAGACGAACUACAAUCGUGCAUCCAUGAAGCGUGCCGGAAGCGAUAACCGUAUGUCCACGACUAACAUCAACUUUGAGGACACCAACAGCAACAGUGUUAGUAGCAAUUAUUACAUGGACAAUGGUCACCGAUCGGAAGGAAACGUCGUAUACCAGAGUAAGGCAAAGGAAAGCAGCUCGAAGACAGUGUUUAAUGAGCCUGUAGCCGGACCGUCCAAGGGCCCCUCCAAUAUGACCUUCGACGUGAACAGAAACAACUACGUGCAGGAGGAAAUCGCUCCGGGACUUUUCGUGGAAGGAUACGUGGCCGAUCUGUAAUUGUGCCUUAGUGGAGAGGUAUUUUUCUCUCACUUUGAAAUCAAGAUGCGCUGCGUGCUUCAUAUAUUGUCAAAAGCUAACUAGUUUGUAGUUGUUUCGCAAGAUUAAAGCUCUUUGUUUGUUUCGCCAA